GUUCAAGGCGAGCACACACGCUCCACACGCCGCUUUCUUCUCGUUCUUCACACACGUUGAGGAAGGAAGCGAACCAGUCUGAUACGAUUACCUAGUUUCGUUUCGUUUCGUUAAGUUACAUCUGCAGAAUCCAGCACGCGGAUUGAAAACAUCAGCGCGAGACAGGCGUAGUGUAGUGAAACUUAAAAUUGACAGUAUUUGAAAUUACGAUGCGGGAAUUAGUUUUGGUCGCCGUCGUGUUCACGGCGUGUUUUGCUGCUGGUGGAAGCGCAGUGCAAGGACAGGAGAUCCUUAGCUAUUUGGAGGUGGUCAAAUGCGCUGGGCAGAUGGACAUCGCGUGCUUUUUGGACAAAUCUGAAGACAUCGUUGUUGCCAAACAUCAAAAAUUCUUAAUUGAAGCAGACAACGCCGCAUUGAUGACCGGAAGAAAAUCUGACUCUGGAGAAACGCCGUCAGCUUUGAUGGAGACUAUCUCCUCUAUGAUAUCGGAGAUUUCUGAUAUUUUCUUCAAACACGGCAUUGCUGGUUUCUUCCGGGAUGGAAAAGACGAAAAAUCUGAAAGUGAAGAUCCCACAGAAGUUGCCGCUGAUGAUAAUGAAGAAGAAGACGAUGAAGAAGAUUCAGCUGUUACAGAAACUAAAAAGGAAGCUGACAAAAGCAGAUCUUUGAAGAAAGGAGCUUCCGAAGCCCGUGGAAAGAAGAAGAAGGAAAAGAAGAAGAAGAUCAAGGCCAUUAUCAAGUUGCUCAUCCUUGGCAUUGUUGUUUAUGGCAAAGUUACACUCCUGUUGAAAAUCUUAGCCGCUCAUCUUCAAUUCAAAUUCCUUGCCAUUGCUGCCGCUGGUCUCCUCAUCAACGCAGCGCGUUUCUAUCUCGACCUGAAGAAGGGUCAUCAUCCACAAAAAGUAAUUUAUUACGAACACGCUCAACAUCAACACCAUUACGAAAAUGAAGAUGAGGGCUAUCAUCAUGGCGGUGGUUACUGGGGACGUGCCUAUGAUGAAGAAGAGAAAACCGGCAGUGCUCAAGAUGUUGCCUAUCGUAAGCAGAAGCCUGAAAACCAAGAAUCACAGAGCUGGUUCUAAUUUCUCAACAAAACCUGUUCACAUCUUCUCUAAGAGAAGAAGACUUAGACUUUUGUUGGUAUUUCGAGGGUUGCCAGUUACGCUUGGACCUGAUUAACAAACAAAACUUACACUUACAAUACAACGAAGAUGAGUACCAAGUAAUAAGCGAUCUAGUCCUUUAAUUAUUGUUUAAUUAAUUAUCGAUUUAAUGUGUUUAUAAAUGAAUAGAAACGAAAAUUGCAAAUUUGCGAAUGGUGGAGACAAAAUGGCGCUGACAAUUAAAGGAUUAGGUUUAUACGUACAGCAGAUUUACUGCUGAAGCAAUAUUUAUUUAAUUAUACGUUUUGUAAUUAGUAUUUAUUUUUCUACUUGAAGACACGAACAACGAAACAAAUCUUGGUGGAUUUUCUGAUUUUAUAUCUUAUAAAUUGUAUUCGUGACAUUGUUAUGACAUCGAUAUACGUAUUUAUUUUAUUUAAGUGCUGAUAUUUAUUUUAUACUAAUAAUAUUUAUUUAUUUAUUAAUAUAUAAAUUAUUUGCAAUAAAUGAAUUUUAUUACAUCUUGAUCAAAA